CAAAAAUAAAACUGUCAAGUGUCACAGUCAGUGUCAGUACUGUCAGCCAACGUAAAGCGAGUUUAGUCACUCAAACUCACAGCAAGUAAUUAAAGUUCAAUUUCAAUUCAGUUCCAUUACAUAUUCGUUCGGUUUCUCGUGAGUUCUACGACUGCUGAUUGCUAGGAAGUUUAAUCUCCAAGUGUCUGCAUUAAUUAUGAAGAACACAUACAAAAAUUUAAGGAAGUAGACAUACAGCUGUGACGUGAAGAAUUUGUUGAAUAUUUUAAUUAAAAAUGCCUAUUCAAAAAGAGGUGUUUUGGAUUGUUAUAGUAUGUUUAUUUAGUUUUUGCUAUGGAGAUCACUCGAAAAUAUCGACAUCAAGUGGACAAGGAAAUAUAAAAUCAUUAUACACAGAAGCAAACUUGCAGAGAAAGUCAAAUAUCAAAUAUACCAGCGAUCCAGAAUAUAUUAUAUCAAGGUCAAAACGAGCUACUAUACAAAAUGAGAGUGUUUCAAACGCAAGUGAAUCAACCUUGAAUAGUUCAAUUACAAAUUCUACACCAAGUUCCUCAACUGAAAGUGCAAACACUGUUACAGAAAAGAAUGACUCUAUCCUAUCAGUUGUGUUAGUAAAUAUAUCUUCAUCUUCAAGUCCUAAUGCUUCAGUUGUGAGCCCAUCUGAUGCAGCACCCCUACCUGAGAAAAGUUCUGCUGAAGAUGAACACAAUAGUUCUAUGGCAAUUUUCUUUGUGUUAUGUGUUUUAGCACUUGGCAUUCUUUUGAUUCAUCUCAUGCUCCAAACAGGAUUUUCAUAUCUUCCAGAGAGUGUGGUAAUUGUGUUCUUGGGUGCUUUAAUUGGAAUGAUUAUCAACUUGAUGUCUAUCAAAAACAUUGCAAAUUGGAGAAAAGAAGAAGCAUUUUCACCUACUGCCUUCUUUUUAGUUCUUUUGCCUCCUAUUAUUUUUGAAUCGGGCUAUAAUUUACACAAGGGUAACUUUUUCCAGAACAUUGGCUCAAUUCUAUUGUUUGCUAUUGUUGGAACUGCUAUAUCGGCCUUUGUGAUUGGUGCCGGGAUAUAUCUUCUGGGAUUAGCUCAAGUUGUAUAUAAAUUAAGUUUUGUGGAAUCAUUUGCCUUUGGUUCCCUGAUAUCAGCUGUAGACCCAGUUGCCACAGUGGCAAUAUUUCAUGCUCUUGAUGUUGAUCCAGUGCUUAACAUGUUGGUAUUUGGAGAGAGCAUACUAAAUGAUGCAAUUGCUAUUGUUUUGACCACUGCAGUUUUAGACUCUAAUGAUCCUCUUAUGUCUACUGGGGAAGCAAUUCUUUCGGCUAUAAAUAGAUUCUGGUUAAUGUUCUUUGCAUCAGCUGGGAUAGGAGUCUUAUUUGCACUUGUAAGUGCACUUCUACUGAAACAUGUUGAUCUUAGAAAAAAUCCAUCUCUUGAAUUUGGCAUGAUGUUAGUGUUUACUUAUGCUCCUUAUGUAUUGGCAGAAGGAAUUCAUUUAUCAGGAAUUAUGGCAAUACUAUUUUGUGGUGUAGUAAUGUCUCACUACACACAUUUCAACCUAUCAACAGUGACUCAGGUCACUAUGCAGCAGACUAUGAGAACAUUGGCUUUCAUUGCUGAGACUUGUGUGUUUGCUUAUUUAGGAUUAGCCAUAUUCAGCUUUCGCCAUCGUGUGGAGCCAGCCUUAGUAGUGUGGAGUAUAGUUAUGUGUCUAGUUGGUAGAGCUGCUAAUAUCUUUCCACUUGCUCUACUCUGCAAUAAAUUCCGUGAACACAAGAUAACUAAGAAAAUGAUGUUUAUCAUGUGGUUUAGUGGUCUAAGAGGAGCAAUUUCAUAUGCUUUAUCACUUCACUUGGGUUUCUCUGACGAAACUCGACAUGUGAUUAUUACUACUACCCUUAUAAUCGUCUUAUUUACGACUUUAUUCUUUGGUGGAUCUACAAUGCCUUUAUUGAAGUUUUUGCGAGCUAACAAGAAAACGAAGCGCUCAAGAUCGCAACGUAAGCAGAAGGAAGUGAGCUUGUCUAAAACAAAAGAAUGGGGUCAAACCAUAGAUUCAGAACAUUUGUCUGAGAUUACAGAAGAGGAACUAGAGGUUAACUAUUCUCAUCAAACACGACUGAGAGGAUUUGUGAGGCUAGAUAUGAAAUAUUUAACGCCAUUCUUCACAAGGAGAUUCACGCACCAGGAAUUAAAAGAUUGCAAAAGCCAAAUGACAGAUCUUACUAACCAGUGGUAUCAAGCUAUCAAAAUAUCGAAUGAUCGGGAAACAGAUGAAGAGGAGAGUUUGCAUCAAAGUUCACAUUCCAAUUCUCGCACCAGCCUUCAACGGGGAGUGUAGAUAACUAUUAUUGUGUCAUUAAUUCAGCAAAACAGCCACUGGUAUAAAUGAUGGUCUCAUAUCUUACAAAUAGGAAAUAGAAUUUAGUAUGAAUUAUUUGGAAAUCUGAGAUAUUUCUUUAUCAGAAUGUUUUUUAUGGUUUAUGCCUCAUAUAAUGCAUAUUUUUUGGCAUUUGUUUUAUGGUGCUCAAGUUAUUGACACAAAUGUUACUGCAAGUAACAAUGGUACAAUUGAAUUAGGAAAUUUUAUACUUAUUUAAUCAUAUCUUACUAGUUAAUAUUGGCUGUAUUUAAUUUAUUGUUUUUCUUCUAUAGCUGUUAUUGAUGUAUUUGUAUUUUAUUUCUGAUUCCUAUUUAGUAUUACAAUUUUAGUCAAUAUGUGAUAUAUUCAAGUAUUGAGAUAGAUCUAGGGUAUUAUUACUAUAUGUUGUGGGCACCAAAGAUUAUUUAGUAAACUAUUAUCAUUAUUUGAUAUAUCUUAGUUCACAAAGCUCACAAUCAGUACAUCAAUAUCUUGCUUUAUUGCAGUACUUUAACUAUGAGUAUUAAAUCAGAAUUGAUUUGCAAAGUGACAAAAGUAACAAUGUAAUAUUUAGUCGGGCUACUAGUAUUUGGUUGUGUUAUGUAAACACACACACUAAAUGUGAUUUAGUAAUUAUAGGUACUUUUAAAUAAUAUGUACUUAAGUGUUGUUAAUUAGCUUUAAUUUUAUCAUAUUUUCU